ACUAAAGUGAUUCAACAUGUCAGACAAAAGAAAAGUGCCACCACUUCUGAAGCAAAUACUAAGUGAAGAUGAAAAAUUUACUAAAAAGUUCGUCUUAUGGGCUCAUAAGUACGCACCACUCACAUCUCUAAAAACUCACUACAAAGCAUUGGAAAUAUCCUGCCAUGGUAUUCCAUGGUUUGUGUUUUGGAUUGCAUUUACAUGGUUCUUCAAUGAUAAUUCACUUCUCCAACUGCAAGUCAACAUGCUACUUGGAUUAUUCCUGGACAUCAUAUUUGUUGCUGUUGCCAAAGCGUACUUCAGAAGACGACGCCCUGUAGCCAACACAGAUGAUGCAUUGGGACAAAUUGGACCAGAUGUAUUUAGUUUUCCAUCUGGACAUGCCAGUCGAGCAGUGAUGGUUACCUUUAUCUUCAUUAAUUUGUAUCCAUUACCUGUAUUUUGCAUCCCUCCAUUAUUGGCAUGGUCUACAUCCAUUUGCAUAAGCAGAGUACUUAUGAAUCGACAUUAUUUAUUAGAUGUUGCAGGUGGAUGUUUAUUAGGAGUCUUGGAAGGAUUGCUUCUGGAAUUAUUGUGGCUAGAGGAGGGAACUGCUAAAUCUAUCAUGUCAAUGAUUUCAGAUGAGAAAAUUGAUGGUGGUGAAUAUCAUGUGUGAUAUAAUAUAGUAUUUAAAAUUUUGUUUAGACUUUUGUGUUGUUUUGAUUUGAAAAAUUAAAGUGUACACAUCAAAAAAUUGUGUCAUGUUUUUAUGGAAUAAUAUAUUUAUGUGUUAUAAAUG